AUUAUCUCUGUACACCCUACCCUGCCAAAACGACACCUGAUGAUGCAUCACUCAGUGAUCUAGUUUGGUCCCAAGUGUUCAAGUGCAUAUAUCAUUUAACCCAGAAAAAAAAAAAAAGAAGAGACGAGGCAAUGUUAAUAAGGGGAUGAACCCACUUAUUUUGUCACCAAUUUCUCGAAGUUCUUUUUUGUAUCGAUUUGAAUAGGAAGAAGGAAUCGAGAUGAGUCAACCAUCGGUGGUGCUAGCAACAGCCAGCUAUGAUCACACUAUAAAGUUUUGGGAGGCCAAGAGCGCCCGCUGUUAUCGAACUAUCCAAUACCCAGAAUCACAAGUUAAUCGUCUUGAAGUUACUCCGGAUAAACGCUUCCUGGCUGCUGCUGGAAAUCCUCACAUUCGCUUAUUUGACAUCAACUCUAGCAGUCCUCAGCCACGAAGAAGCUUUGAUUCACACACUAAUAAUGUGAUGGCAGUAGGAUUUCAGUGUGAUGGAAAUUGGAUGUAUUCUGGGUCUGAAGAUGGCACCGUAAAGAUUUGGGAUUUGAGGGCACCAGGUUGUCAGAGGGAAUAUGAAAGUCGGGCGGCUGUGAACACUGUAGUUUUGCACCCUAAUCAGACUGAGUUGAUAUCUGGAGACCAAAAUGGCAAUAUCCGUGUGUGGGAUUUGAGAGCAAAUUCAUGUAGCUGUGAGUUGGUACCGGAAGUGGAUACAGCAGUUCGAUCUUUGACCAUAAUGUGGGAUGGAAGCUUAAUUGUUGCUGCAAACAAUCGUGGAACAUGCUAUGUUUGGCGUUUAUUACGUGGCACCGAGACAAUGACCAACUUUGAGCCUCUGCAUAAAUUACAGGCUCAUGAUGGUUAUAUCCUCAAAUGUCUUCUUUCGCCUGAAUUAUGUGAACCUCACAGGUAUCUGGCGACUGCAUCUUCUGAUCAUACUGUCAAGAUUUGGAAUGUGGAUGGUUUUACCUUGGAGAAAACUCUGAUAGUGUAUUUUCCAGGACAUGAACGCUGGGUUUGGGACUGUGUAUUCUCUGUUGAUGGUGCUUUUCUCAUCACAGAAAACAGGUGUUGCACAGAACCUUACUAUCCAUCAACAUUCCACAAGUGAAGGAACAAUAAUGAGGUUUUUGUUGCUCCCAAAUGCACACUCAAGUGUACAUGGUUGCAAUAAUACAGUGACUAAGCAAGUCAGAUAUUGAUCCCACAUGGACUUGGUUUUGAAGAUUAUCAAAUUCAACUAUUAUUGAUUAAUCACGCAAGGUUUUCACCACAAGCUUUUGUUUUUGUUUUAUAAGCGAUUGCAGAAAAAUAAACUAAUUAAUUAUUCUACUAUACUAGCUACCCUUGAGACAUAAGGCUUUAACACAAUAGGAGAUGAUAUUCCGAGGUUAAGAAUUUAUUAAUGAUCUUGUUGAGUAAUCACUUGAAUUGACUCCGAUUUUCUACUGAAUUGUUGGUUGAUAGAAACUACUGUGACUAGGCUCUCUUGAGCUACGUAGCCCUUCGAUGAAUGCCCUCGCUUCCACGCCCUACCUCUUGGGGAUCAGGUAUGUGACAAUAACUCGUACAAUUUUGACGUGCACUAAUCAAGCAAAUUGUUUAGGGGCAUCCCUGCCCUACCCUCAACUCGAUACCCUAUGCUUGAUAGAGAUCAUACUCUAUUUAAUCCUAUUUGGGAGUUCCAUGUCAUAUGAUCACUAGCCGCUGAAUCUAUGAUCCAAGAGCUUAUAUUAGUAGAAUCUGUACUAAAAAAAACACAUGGCACAUUACCUGUUUGGGUAAAAGAACAAGUGGGAGUAGAGGGACUAGGUUUACUGGAUUGGAGAAGUUUGUGCAGUAGCUCUAGCUGUUCCUUGGUGAAUGGUGGCAUUUCUGAAGAAGAUGUCAGCCCCGGUUCUUCGCUGGUACACUGAAAGGCUUGAUUGCCAUGGUUUUCUGCCUUUUCUUGUUUCCGAUGGGCAGUUUUCCAUGGAUCUUCCAGCAAGUCGCGUGUGCUAGUAUUUUUUGCAAAAAUCACACCACGAACUUCUUUUUCUUAUCAUUCUCAUUUUUCACAGCAACUAAAGCGGAUGACUCUAUAUUUUUUGAUUCCAGAUUGAAGUCUUUUUUUAGCAUAACAUUCCUCAUUGUUUCUUCACGCCUAAUUUCAGAAAAUGUUUCCCUCAAAGUGGGCAGCGGAUUUUUUCCAAGAAGUCGAGAACGAAGUUCGUCAAAAUCUUGGUUCAACCCUACUAAAAAUAGAUAUACCCUUUCACUCUCUUCCUUUUUCAUUGCUUUUACGCUAUCCUUCGAACAUUCCCAUUCAUCAUUAUAGCAUUGAUCUAAUUCUUGCCACAGGAAACCAUUUCAUUAUAGAAAAGAGUAACACUUCUCUCUCCCUACCUCGCUUUCCACAGUUUAAUUUUUAAUUCAAAAAUCUGAGAGGCAUUUUCUACAUCAGAAUAAGUUUCUCUAACCGCCUCCCAAACAUCCCUAGCAAUGGGAAGAAAUAAAUAUGGUUUACCUAUGGUAGGUUCCAUGGAGUUUAGUAGCCAAGCAAUUGCCAUCGAGUUUUCUGAGCUCUAGGCAUUCAUUUUCGGGUCUCCUGGUUCAGGCUUUCUCGUUUCUCCAGUCAAGUGCUCAAGUUUUCCUCGGCCAUCAAUUGCCAAAUGGACAGAUUGCGCCCACUCCAAAUAAUUCUUUUCAUUCACCGCGGUGUAUUUCAUCGCGUUGAGCAUCGCGUCAUGGUUGACUUCUCUAUUUUUCUGAACUUAAGACUUUUUCUUGUAUGAUCCUUGUUCCGUUGCUGCACGCUGACCAUCGUGGUGGAUUUUCCCCGUUGAUCAGUUCAUAUGGUGACUUCUGCUUUCGGGACUUGGCCAAAAAUAAUUUGUUGCACUGUGUUGCGUCUCCUAGCACACUAAACGGCACCACGAUGAGUCAUCGCACUGCACUUUCUCCAGCUUAGAAAAUUUCUUCCGCUUUUCUUCCAUUUCUGGGCAAAUUUGCCCAGAAAUCACUUAUAUUCACAAAAUUAACUCAUUUAUUAAUUGUAUCACAAUCAACACAAGUUAAUUGCAUUUGUCACUAAUUUAAGCAAAACAAGGUACAAACAUGGAUACAAUAGUGUGAAAAGAUGUGUAAAUACACCUAACAUCACCACCCUACAUUAGAACCUUUGUUCGUCUUUGACAGAGCGACUACACACUCCCUAUGUUUCGUACAAAUACCUUUCAAGGCUUAACCAAUGAUAGGUCUACUUGGACUAGAGCACUUACAAUAGCAAUCUCUUACAAAGUGAAUAUUCAAAAUCAGAGCAUGCAUUAUUUUCAAAUCAAACAUAUCAACCACCCCCUCGAAACAACUUAGCCACUGAAACGAUUCACAUAUCAACAAUUUAGGACAAACACACCUGUGUAACUCAACAAAGGAAUCAAACAUGCUACCUAUCUUUUAUCCAUCAUGUGCCCUCACUAUCAAGUUAAAAACAACCCAUACAUAUGACAAACUAAGAAUAUGGCAUAAGUAAAGAAGAAACAAUCAUAAGAUAGUUAUUAUGUAUACCAACGUCUAAGAAAUAUGGAAAGAAGUAAAAACCAAAAGAUUUCGUGUCUCCAAUGUGCUCUUUGUGCAAAAUCCUCGAAAUGACGUUGAACCCCUUCAAAAACAACCUAAGGGUCUAUUUGUAGAGGUGGAAAAACCUCGAGACAAACUUCUCCCCAUCAAAAUUGAACUCUGCUAAAAGCAGACCUAGGACUAGGCCCGUCUUUCACCGUGCUGCACCCGCCAUCGUGGUGAAUCUCACCACAUUGGGCAUCGCGGUGCACUACCAUGAUGUCUUAUACCUUAGCCAAAUCAUGCGUCUACCUACUUUUCUAUUGUGACAUGCUGACCAUUACGGCAACUCUUACCGCUCUAGGUACUCGUCACGGUGAAAUCUUCUGAAUCUAGACUUGGGAAAAUUGUUGAUCACCUCACGUUCCACAAAAGUGGAUUUUAUCGCGUUGAGCAUUGUGUCGUGGUUGACUUCUCUUUUUUUCUAAACUUAAGACUUUUUCUUGAAUGAUCCUUAUUCCGUUGCUGCAAGCUGACCAUCGCGGUGGAUUUUUCUGAUUGAUCACCGCAUCACGGUGACUUCUUAUUUCGAGACUUGGCCAAAAAUUCUAAGGAUCUUGAUUUUGUACUGUGUUGCGUCUCCCAGCAUACCAAACGACACCAUGAUGCCGCGAUGCCUCCACACUUUGUCCAACUUAGCAAAUUUCUUCCGUUUUUCUUCUAUUUCUGUGCUAAUUUGCCCAGAAAUCACUUAUAUUCACAAAAAUAACUCAAAUUUGUCAAUCCUAUCAUAAUCAAUACAAGUUAGUUGCACCUACCACUAAUUUAAGCAAAACAAUGUACAAACAUCGAUACAAUAGUGUGAAAAGAUGUGUAAAUACACCUAACAUCACUACUCCACACUGGAAUCUUUGUUGGUCCUUGACAAAGCAACUACACACUCCGUAUGUUUCAUACAAAUACCUUUCAAGGCUUCACCAAUGACAGGUCUACUCGGAAUAGAGCACUUACAAUAGGAAUCUCUUACAAAAGGGGCUAUUCAAAAUCAGAGGAUGCAUUAUUUUCAAAUCAAACAUAUCUACCACCCCCUCGAAACAACUUAGCCACUGAAACGACUCACAUAUCAACAAGUUAGGACAAACACACCUUUGUAACUCACAAAGGAAUCAAACAUGCCACCUGUCUUUUAUCCAUCAUGUGCCUUCACUCUCAAGAGAAAAACAGCCCAUACGUAUCACAAACUAAAUAUAUGGCAUAAGUAAAGGAGAAAACUGCUCAUACUCUCAACAAUGAAAAAUCACAUGUACAUACAAUGAUCCCUAGGCUUGCCCUUAGUGUAAUACUUCACUUACCUUAGUGCAACAAAUCUAGAAUCAAGCAGUAAAUAGACAUUCGGCUCACCUAAAGAUAAGCUAUCAUUCACACUUAGUUGGCUACUAGCUUCAUUCACUAGAGUGCAAGAGUUAGCUUUGUUACCUUGAAGUUCAUUUGGAGCAUGUCCACUCAUGGGAGCUUGAAGAUUUGGUGGAUAGGGAAGGGCGGAUUUAGGAAAGCUUGGAUGCUCUAUCAUGUUAUCCUACUUCUUUGAAAGAGACUUCCAUCCCUUCCAUUUUUCCUUUCAUUCUUGCCAUUGUACUUUCAUGAGAUUCAAAUCGGCUAUCUAUGACAUCAAACCUUUCCAUGAUUGAUCUAACCCAACUAGGCAUUUCACCUUCAUCCGCCAUUGUACCUAUCAAAAGAAACACUAAACAAAACAAAAAAAACAGCAAGCAUGUUAAGGUUAGAGAAAUAAGACAACCUCAGACACUCUCAAGCUCACACCUUUGAAUGUCACUCAAUUGGCGUCGCAAGUGUUAGUAUCUCGUUUGUACUCCAAUGAGUUGCUUGGUACCAAUUGUGGCUUGAGGUCGGAGUGGAUUCUUGUUUGAAGACUCAAAUAAACAAAAUUAUUUAAAGACGUGAAUCAAGAAGCUACAACGAAUCACAAACUAAAAAAGCACACAGAAAGAAACACGAAAGAAACUAAUUCAAAACUAAUUUCACAACCUAGUAGGUGAUUACUAGUUGUUAAUUAGAACUAGAAUCAAGAAAUGAAACCAAAAGAGUCAAGGAAAGAAACUUAGAAUCCAAAUUUGAGCUUAAGCAAUUUCGGGUAGGGUGAUGACGUGGCAGCCUUUCAUUGGUUGUUGAAAUUUGAAAAAUUUUCUUGUAUUCCAAUUUGAAAUUUGAUCCAUCUUUGAUUUGGUGAGUGUGGUAAUCGGUUUUGAUGAAGAAAAUACAAAGAAUGGACCCUUUAAUUGUGAUUUGUUGUGGUCCUCUCCUUGUACUUUCCCUUGUACUUGCCCUUGUCCUCUUCUUUGAGAAUAUUCCUUUUUUGAUACUUUUGGACUCUUUCUUCCUUUGGAAGACUUGGAAUAUGCUUGGAAUAUUCUUUAUACAAACAAGGACCACACUUUCUUUCUCCUUUUUGGAUUAAACAGCACUUUUUGAAUAUUCUUCUUCAACAAUAUAUGAAGAACAUGAAGAACACCAAGAACAUUCAAAGUUUGACCCAAGUUGACCCUUAAGUAAAUGACCUUGGAAUUUGAUUUUUCUUGCAAUUCCAAGUUCACGUUGACAAUCCAAGCACAAAUAUCAUGUUUUCAACUCCGAAACGUCAACAAUCACCUUCUAUGUUUGAGAUCCCACCUUCAAGUUUCUUCGAGCUCAAGCUCAACAAUGGUGGAUGGCUCAAAUCAAUCCGGAUUUAGCUCAAAUUCUAGAUCUAGACUCUCUUAGUGUUAGGGAACAAGGAUCUAACACUAGAAACAAACAAAACACACAAAAACUCCUAGAUCUAAGCUCCAAGUUUCGGCCAAAGUGCAAAAACGGGAACAACUAUUUUUUUUGUGAUUUUCGGAUUUUUGACACUUUCUUUUUUAUUUUCUAAGUAACAAUCCCAAGAUUGAUUUUGUUGGAACAAAAUCAAACCUUGCUCUGAUACCAAAUGAUACGGAAUCGAAGAUAUAAGAAGAAAACUAACCUAAGAAAUUCAAAACACAA